AACAAGGAGCACACCAUCGCACAGCACCCGACAGAAUCAUUGUAUAUAACGAAUCACAGAUUUUAAACCUUUUUAUCUCUUCCGAACAGCAAAAAGAUUAUGAAAAUUUAGCCCGAGAAUUGCUGACCGCCAGUCUGGACUUGCUAUUAGCAGUGGUAAAUGAAGAUUUAUGCUCCCAAGUUUCCACCUUGCUAUUUAAUGAGGGAUUAGAAAAUGCAGAAAUAAUCCGACGACUACUCCUAAUUCUAAACGAGCAUUUAAAUAAACUCAUUAUUCGUCUACCCCACUCAACGCUUAGCAAUCGUGACCAGGAACUACUAGUCGAAUGGGUGUCAACGGAAAUUAAUACCGAACAUUUGCGUGCCUAUAAUUCUGAAAUCAACGAAAUCCUCAAAAAUACUGUGAAAUUCUUGGACCUUCUACUGGAUGAAAAAUUAUUCACUGAUAUUUUAGCAAUAAUUAAUAAGAUAAUAGCAGCGGACAAAAUUCUUAAUUUAGGAAAUAAUAUAGUAGCCAAAUUUCGCUGCCUAGCCCAACCAGAAAGAGCCCUCCCCCGUGUUACUGAGGAGGAGAAAAAUAGAGUUUUAAGCAAACUCUCACUCGGAGUAACUCCAUACGGUAUAAUGAACCUUACCGCCUUUCCUAGGCUUCUAGAUAGUUUUCAAAGAAUUAUUUCCGGUUCUCUACCAGAAGGUAUUCCGUCACAGAACGAACUUGCAUAUUGUUUCUUUUCUGCGUUGUCCUGGGACAAAGUUGAAAAAGUUUUGGCCCCUGCGGAACUCCGGGAGGAAAAAACCCUUGGCGGAACUGGGAGUGAUGGUCUUGGCCAAAAGAAGUCUGAUAGAAACCAGAGAGUGAACCGCUAUAAAAAUGAGGUUAAGUCAAACAAAAGCCCCAUUAAAAGCAAAGUUAAGUCCGUAGCCCAAAGGAAGGGGGGUAAUUGGAGCAUAGCCGAGAGCCAAAUUAGCCACUUGUCGUUGCUGCUUUCUCCAAAAAAGUCCCCCUCCACGUAUCUUCCGAAAAAAUAUCAAAAAAAACAUCAAUCGGACGAGUUAAGACUUCUGGCAAAGGCAGAGAAAUUUUAUAAUGUUGGAAAACUGCGGUGGAAAUAUUUAUGA